CCAAUGGCCCAGCGGAUGUUCCUUUGCCUCGAAAAGCGCAAGAAGCUCUUAGUUCGGUUCUUUAAGUCUUUCGGAAGCAAAACAUCACCAUGUCCUCCACUGGAAUCGCCGUGGGCCUGAACAAGGGUUUCCCUGUCAACAAGAAGCAGGUGGCUCCUCGCCCCGCUUCCCGCAAGGGACGCGCCGGCAAGAAGACCAAGCUCGUGCGCGAGAUCGUGCGUGAGGUGGUCGGUCUGAUGCCGUACGAGAAGCGCAUCCUUGAUAUGAUCAAGAGCGGCGGCUCGUCGGCUGAGAAGCGUAUCUACAAGUUCUCCAAGAAGCGCCUCGGAACGCACCGUCGCGCCCUGCAGAAGCGCGAGGAGAUGAAGGCGUAUUACGCUGCUCUCCGUGCCAAGGCCGCUCACCACGCUUAAGUACCGAGAAACCGACACAGUUCCAGGAUUACGGAGAUGAAGAUCCCGACUUUUCAAUGGGUCGGGGCGGGCACGGAUACACUCGACAGUGGCGUGAUGUCCACUUGCCGACUGUUCUCUUGCAGGGUCACUGAGCCCUACUGAUAGCAGCACUGUUCGUCGCCCGUUGGCUCUGGCUGCUUCGUCUCCGUCGCUUCAUUAUUCGAAAUAAAGGAUCGCCAAAUCACUGCUUCAAGCCCCUGGCGCGUCACGCGUGUCAACGUCUUCUUAUCGCUGUGUGUCUUGUCCAUUGAGUUACUCGUGAUAAAAUGGCACUUCAACAACAGGUCUACGACGGUUGAAGAAUUGCAGGAAGGACCCAUUUUAAUGGUUUACAGCUGCAAUAGCACAGCGAACAAACAGGCUAUUUUUCGUGAGCUAGCAACCAUAACGAGGCCCAACAGUGAGCAGCAAGCGUAUGGUGGUCCGUCGACUGCCUAAAAUAGAGUCCCUAUUGUAUACGGCAUGCGACCGUUCACCAGACGCUUCAUCCUAAAGCUAGUGGGCG